AUGGACGAAAGAGAAGAUUUGGUUGAAGAUCUGCUCACUGACUAUGCCAUACAGCUUAGCGUUCAAGAAUCAAAUGGAGCCAAACCACCAAUAUCUUCCAGCUAUAAUGACAGUUUUGUACCACCUAGUGAGGAAAAUAGGAAAAUUGUAACAUCCAUAAAGCAAGGUCAAGUAUUUGGGCUCCAAGAACUUGUGAAACACAAAUAUGCUUUGGAUGAAGCUGAUGGAAGAGGAUGGUUUCCACUGCAUGAGGCUGCAGCUCAGCCAAUCCAGCAAAUACUUGAAAUCAUUUUAGAUGCAUCUUAUAAAACAAUGUGGGAAUACAAAACAUGCGAUGGAGAAACACCGUUAACUUUGGCAGCAAAAGCUGGCUUUGUGGAAAAUGUACGAACAUUACUGGAAAAGGGUGUUUGGCCCAAUACCACAAACGACAAAGGAGAAACUCCACUUCUUAUUGCUGUAAGAAGGGGCUCUUUUGAAAUGGUAUCCACUCUGAUUAAACACAACUGUAGUAUCCACCAGCCAUGUGUAAAACGUUGGUCAGCAAUGCAUGAAGCUGCAAAACAGGGACGCAAAGACAUUGUUGCUCUUCUUCUGAAGAAUGGCGGAAAUGUGAACCUUAAGGAUGGAUAUGGGGUAACACCAUUAGGUGUUGCUGCUGAAUAUGGUCACUGUGAUGUGCUGGAGCAUCUUAUUCAUAAAGGUGGAGAUGUCCAGGCCUUAGCAGAUGAUGGUGCAUCGAUACUGUUUGAAGCAGCCGGAGGAGGUAAUCCAGACUGCAUAGCCCUUCUUUUGGAAUAUGGAGGAAGUGGCAACGUGCCUAAUAAGGCAGGAGUGCUUCCCAUACACAAAGCGGCUUAUGAGGGGCAUUACCUGGCCCUGAAGUAUCUCAUUCCGGUCACAUCCCAAACUGCAGUCCAGAAAAGUGGGUUAAGCCCUGUUCAUUCAGCAGCAGAUGGCCAGAAUUCGCAGUGUCUAGAGCUCCUCAUUGAAAAUGGUUUUGAUGUCAAUACUCUCUUGGCUGAACACAUUUCAAAUAGUUACGAUGACGAAAGGAAAACUGCACUUUAUUUUGCUGUUUCUAACAAUGACAUUCUUUGCACCGAAAUAUUGCUCAAAGCAGGUGCAAAUCCAAACAAGGAUCCUUUAAACUGUCUCCUUGUGGCAGUGAGAGCUGGCAACCAUGAAAUUGUAAGGCUGCUCCUAUCUUACGGAGCGAAUGUGAAUUGCUACUUUAUGUUGGUUAAUGAUACACAUUUCCCCAGCGCCAUUCAGUAUGCUCUGAAUGAUGAAGUGAUGCUGAGGCUGUUGCUCAAUCAUGGAUAUAAUGUGGAGAUGUGUUUUGACUGUAUGCAUCAAGAUAUCUUUGGAAAUUCUUUUGUGUGGUCAACUCCAGAGGAAGAGAUUCUCCCUGGGUGGACUUCUUCUGUAAUAAAGGAUAAUCCAUUCUGUGAUUUUAUUGCUGUUCCUUGGUUGAAACAUUUAGCAGGAAAAGUGGUUCGUGUUUUUAUAGAUUACGUGGAUUAUGUUCCUUUAUGCACAAAGAUUAAGUUUGUCUUAGAAACACAGAAAGAAUGGACAGAGAUACGUCAGAUAUUGGAUAAUCCUCGCCCAUUGAAACAUCUGUGUCGUCUGAAAAUACGUAAACUCUUGGGGUUAAGGAGACUCCAGAGACUGUCAUCCAUGAAGAAGUUUCCACUUCCACCAGUUCUCAAGAACUAUAUCCUAUAUAAAGAAUAUGAUCUGUAUGGAAAAGGGAUACAUUUAGAAUAG